AUGUCGAAACCAGAACUCGAGCUAACCCAAUUCCUCAAGACUGUCCUCCCUCAAGGAGACAGAUCUUCACUCCGCGAAUCCGUCAUUCCACAGCUCCUUGACGCCGUUUCUGCCAUUGGCGAAGAACUCAGAAGAUCAUAUGAUGUCUCUAUCGUGGGCACCGAAAAUGCCUUUGGAGACGAGCAGUUGAACGUUGAUGUGGCGGCGGAAAACAUCAUUCGGGAUAGGUGUGCUAAGGCAUCUGCUAUUAAGACUGCUAGCAGUGAGGAGGAUCCUAUUGAGAAACCUGCUCGUGAAGGGGAGACUGUUCAGCCUGUUAGUGAUGAGGAGCAGUACACUAUUGGAUUCGAUCCUCUGGACGGUAGCUCUAUCAUUGGACCUAAUUGGUCUGUUGGUACUAUUAUUGGAAUUUGGGACGGUGUUACUGCCAUUGAGCAACCGCCAGAGAAGCAAAUCGGAUCUAUUCUGGGAGUCUUUGGUCCACGAACCCUCGCCGUUGUCGCUCUUCGCGUCCCUGGCUCAGACCCCGUGUGCUUCGAAGUCAGCCUCAACAACUCCCAAAACUUCAUCGUGGCCCGUCCCGAGCUUCGUUUCGCCGAACCUCCCUUCAAAACACGUUACUUCGCCCCAGCCAACCUACGCGCUGCCGCCGAGAACGACAAGUACAUGAGCCUGGUCUCCAAGUUCAUCACCGACAAGUACACACUAAGAUACUCUGGUGGUCUCAUUCCCGAUGUCUAUCACGCUCUGGUCAAGGGUCAUGGUGUUUACAUUUCACCUGUGACAUCCGUCAGCAAGGCCAAGCUGCGAAAGUAUUACGAGCUGUUGCCUGUGGCGCUGGUUAUUGAGUGUGCUGGCGGACAGGCCAUCGAUCCCGCUACCGGAUCAAGGAUAUUUGAUAUUAGCUUGAAGGGCUGUGAUGAUAGAGCUGGUUUGGUAUGUGGUACUUCAGCGGAGGUGGAGGAAGUUAAGAAAGCAUUGUUGGAUUAA